CUGUGCGGGAGCUUCAGUCAGCCGUGGUCCACCGCCGCGUGAACAAUUAUGGUGUCGGUAAAAAUGUUGUCGGUUACUCGUGUCGUGAGCGUCUUGUUGUUUGUGUUAACGACGAGUGCAAGAAGCGGGAGUGUUGUGUUCACCCCAGACCAAGUAGACGGGAGGCUGGUGGUGCCAGACACAGCCAGGGUAGACAACACCUUACUGAAGACAGCUCAGGCAGACAAGUUCCUCUCCCUCUGGUUCAUCUAUAUUCUGUCUGAACCUGUACACACUUCUAGUAAGCCGUGGACGCUGUUAAUACCCCGCAACUCAGGACUACCGAGGGGCGGCGGGUUCCUGGUGGAGAGGGAGCCCACCGUCAGGGUCCUCCUCAACCACGCUCAUAUUGGUGAUGUGAUCGACCCCCAGCAGCCUCCCGCGGCGCCCCUCACUACCCUGGCUGGCUCCCCUCUCAUCUUUACCUCUGAUGAGCGAGGGUCAAUGGUAAACGGUGUAAGGCUAACGGGAGAAGAGUACAAGUUUAGUGAUGGUGUUGUGUACGUCAUCGAGAACUCCCUGCCAGUGUUAGAGAGACCCGGAGCUGGCCGACGACCUCCUGCAUCAUCACCAUCCCCUUCAGCAAGUGUCCCUGAGGAGGAGCAGGAGGGAGAGGUCAACACAGAGGUCACCACACGCCUCCCUGCCCUCACGCACCGGUUUGCCACCUUCAAACCCCGUCGUGGAGGUCGACCAUCAGAUACUAACACCUUCCGUCGCACCAAACUUGAAUCACCUGUACUCGCCACGUCUCAGAUCGCCCCGACCAUAUCCGGCGAUCUAGUACUCGAAGAUGACGUCGCCUCUUCGUCCUCCUCGUCGCUAACACCAACCUUCGAGUUCUCAGAGUUCGAAGGAUCAACUGCUCAGCCCCUGAACGAUGAAGGGCCGUUCCUCGACUCAUUCUUAGAGUCGCUCAAGGAGAACACCGCCUUCACCGGCUCAGAGUUCCUGCAUCACUUCCUUGACGCUAACCUGACCAACAAGUUCCGAGACACCGGCAGAUACACAGCACUAGUACCCUACGACAGCGCCUUCUACAGCUACUACCCAAUAGACUGGGGCUUCAAUCCGUUCUUGGUCCACAAUUUCACCAAAGACGUGAUGCUGAACCACUUCAUCCGAGGCAACAUAGCGUUAGACGACCUUCCCUCCUUGGCUGAACUAACCACUCUAGGGGGACGAGUCAUCAAGUUCACCAGGAAAGGCGGUAAGCUGCUGGGUAAUGGGGUGGAGGUGGUGGUGGAGACAGAGACGCCACUAUCAAGAGGUCGUUCCUACGCCGUCAACAACCUUCUCUUUGUCGACUAUGACAGAGUGUUGGAGCUACAGGCAGAACAUGGAGACCUGGAGACAGCUCCCCUGCUGGGUGACCCUUGGCCUACCUCACAGUUCCUCUCGCACCUCCUGGGAGAGCUGGAAGAAGACCCUCGCACCUCAUUCUUUGCCGAGUAUCUCAACCUCACCAACCUCGCUUACCUCCUCCCGGGCCACGAUGAGAACCUGGACCCCCUCAAGUACACGGCUUUCAUCCCCUUCGACAACGCCAUCGCCGAGACCCUCUACGCAGACGCACCCGACCCCUUCCUCCUGGACGAAGUUCUCCGGGAUAAACUCGUCCUCAACCACCUAGUGAGAGGCAGGUUUUACGAGAAGGACCUCACAGAUGGACUUACCUUUAAGAACUUGGCCAAGAACACCCUCACCAUCACCCAGGGUCCAGAUAACACCUUACUGGUGAACAACGCACAAGUAAUGGAACCACAAGCCUUCGUGUACAACUUGGGUAUUGUGUACCUCAUAGACAGUGUUCUGGGCGUCACUGACCAGGACAUAGUCAAGUCCAUCAACAAGUUUCCUGAUCAAAACCUUGGGGGGCCAACUGAGGAGAGCAGUACAACUGGAUCAAACCCUAUUGAUGAAGUGACCACCACAGGCAGCCGUUCUACCACUACUGCACCACGAACCACCUCCCGCACUCCCGCCAUAGCUCUCACGCCCACCACCAUCCGUACGGCAGGCACAAGACGCACGCCCGCCACCAGACGCACUCCCACCACCAGACGCACUCCCACCACCACCCACACGCCCACAACUACCUCCCACUUUUUCAACGUGCCCCACAAACCCACCACCACCACCACCACCACCCAACAGCCGGCCGCCACUGGGUCACCUCAGCCGUCUCCCACGACCCCGAGGAUCAGGUUUGAGACUCGCACAGAAAUCAGUAUAUCUCGACAAGUGGACGACGGUCUAGUGGAGCCCAUCAAUAACCCCUCCAGUUGAUCAUCUUUCUUAGGAACUAAAUAAAGUAAUCUGGAAGUUUUUACAAAGAGCAAAAACAAAAGUUAAGACUUAGGAAAGUUUGACACAUUUAAUAUAUUUACUUUGAGAUAUAAUGUUGUCACUUGUUAUAGGUUUGUAUUACAGAUGAACUAUGAAUAUUAACUGUUUUUAUCUUUCUACCUUAACUCAGGCAAGAAUAUUGUGUCAUAAUAUUACCGUGUGUAUUUUGCCUAUGCGUAAACUGGCGUUUGGAAGGAGGAACACGAGAUGGCAGAUGACGAAAGGUUUACCAGUUGUUAUUAGGUAAACUUUGUGAGUGUUGUGGUCAAGAUCACAGAUGAUACAACAGUAUUAGUCACACAAAUGUUGUUGCUGCUGUCAAGUGUCUGGAAGUCUGGGUCUCACAGGUUCACGUGACAAGAAUGAAUAUUAUUGGAUGACUCGCCUAACGUAAAACAUUAAAAUAAUGAAAUAUAACAACAGUUUACUCAGUACCUGCUGGGAGACAGAGUUACCUUACACAAGCUUUUCAAAGAUUUUUUUAUAAUUUUCUCCUUAAUAUUUUGAGGUUACUUUUCUGCUUCAGCUUAAGACAAACAUUUGGGUAAAUUGUUACAUUUUGUGUUAAGAGAAAUAUUUAUUAGACAAACCUUUGAGACGUUUGACCCAGGAGUGUAAUACUGUAUGUGGACGUAUAUAGUGAUGGAGGCGCGUCGUCCAGUGUAACAUUGUGUGGUGGCCGACCAACUGGAUACAUUAUUGUGUAUGUUUAGUUUAUAUGGGCCGUUGUUUGUACAGUUUACGCCGAAACAAAUAUGACAGUGUUGGCCAAAUGUUUGCUUACAGUCCAGUAUAACCUGGAAUAAUUUAACACAAGUAUUAUGACAACAAGAGAUUUGAAGUGAUAAGAUGGAGUAUGUGAGGGAGGAGUAUGGUGUAGUGUACAGUGCAGCGAGUGUGUUACGGAAGGCCUAGCUGGGUAUGUUGUUGAAGACACACGAUUAAUGAUAAAUACAUUGCCAUAUAAACUGUACUCUUCCAAAGUUAUAUAUUUCAUACAAGCCGUCAAUAUAUUUUUCUUUGUAAAUAUCCAGCAAACUUAUGCUCACCGACGGCCUUUCUGCUCCUGUGUGGCACCAAUUAACGUAUCGAGUUUAAUUGUGCAUCUUAUCGUGGUGGUGUUUUAUAUAUUGUCUUCAUCACACCGUAAUAUUUGACACGGGAUAUAUAUUAUACUGUACUUCCCUUACACUAUAAUCACAGGUCAGGUCACUCAGUUUACACAAAUAUAGUGGUGCUGGGUAACUGAUAUAUGUUUUGGCCUCACAAUAUACCAGUAGGUGUUUGUGGGUCGUAAGCAUCUUCCUUUAAUUGGUGGCACAACAAGAGCAGAAGCCAGCCAGUGUGAGAUGCUCUGUUUUUUAUUCUCAAUGUCGGUAAAGAGGCAAGUAAUCACAAUUUUGUCUCUCAUUGGGAAUAUUUAUGUAGAUGUGUUACUGAAGAGUUUAUCAUGGAAGUUUCCUUAACACUUGUGUACCAUACAGUAUCAUUUACAGUAUACAUUAUAUGAGAAAUAUUUUGAUAUUGGUGUAUUUGUCCUUGGGUGCUAAUGUUGACCCAGGUACCUGAGCAUGAUCAUAAGUACAGUAUUGUGGGUUAUACUCAACCACUUGGGGUAACACUCUGGGGCUGAUGCUCCUAUUGAGAGCAACACAAGUGUUUCAUAAAUAACAGUGUUUCAAUAUUAAAUAAAAUGCAAUAUACAUACAAAAUUUAAAUAAAUAAAUAUAACAAGUGAGAGUGUGGCCACAAGUUAUAACUGAAAGGUUUAUUAAGAUGAGACAACAACUGCUGUACCAUCAUGAAAAGGUUCAUUACUUAGUCCUUCACAGUUAGUGAUGUACAGUACAGUAUUUUAAUGAUCUAUUCCUUCACAGCUGUAAUACAUCAGUUCUCAUCUCAACACCAACUUGGUCUUCCACAUAAGUGAAAAACAUCACUGAUUUACAGUUUAAACUUUCACAUGAUUAUCACAAUUCAAAGUAUAUAAACUAAAUUUUGAGUGAUACUGUGUAAGUAACUUGUUGAGCCCCACCAUCAGCACCAGCAGGCAGGUGUCAGCCCCAGAACAAAGGUGUUAAGUGGUGAUAAACUCCAAGUUAUAAAUAAUACUGAUCACUUGUGAGACGCUGUGUACAAUACCCCCAACUGUCGUGUUUGUGUUAUUUUGUUUCUAUGUAUCACGUUUUACCUCUACUUUGAAUGUCAGGUUUCCAAACUCUGCCCAUCACUACCCCGAUGGUCCAGUACCUGUGUUAUACACAGUGAUAAUCUUACAUUAUUAGUAAAAAGUAUAUUAUGUCCA